AUGAGCACUCCCUUAGACCAAGUUGUGCCCUCUGGAGUAGCCUCUUCUCCGAGACGAGCUCCUCCUCGUGGACCUCAACUAAGCAUCAAGCGUUUCGGCCGAACUGACUUUGAGCGAUUCGACCAAGAGGCCGCCCGAGGAUCUCAACUCUGCGUGGGCUCACAACGUAUCGGCAAAGUCGAAAUCGACUGCAAGUACCUCUGGAAAAAAGCACAAUGGGGCGUCCUGGGCACAGAUGACCGACCUGCUGGAAUUGUGUACAUGGACAUCAAUUUCCAACAACCUCCCGGUUACUGCCUCGAAGUCGCCAACGUCUACGUAACUCUGGCCGAAGACACAGGAACUUAUGCCCUCGCCUCCAACCAUAGACACAGACCUCAUGCGCACCGGCUAGACAGGGAAUACAACGUUCAAAUCACAGACAACUAUGGCCCACGCCUGAUAAACGGCGCAAAAACAAUUCACCAAAAGACCAGCACCACCAACUUGACACCACAUCUUGGGGCUAUGGGGAUCGAUUUUGGCGGUCUGGGCCACGACUCAACUACGGCCAAGGAAAAAUCGGACGCCUGGUGCUUUAGAGGCGCUGUUCGACGGCCCCAUGGCCAAGACGGCUUGCGUACCAUGCACUGGGAGCUAAAGGAGAACUCUCUCGACCGGAAUCAGAUUCACAGUCAAGAAUACUGUACUGCGUUUGCGUUUGAGCACUCCGGCGUGCCGGUGUUUAUGCGCGUUGAGAUCGAUGGCACGAUUCGGGGCGUCCGUGGCAGCGCGAGGAACCGGUUUGCCCGAUUUUCUUCCAUUUUAGGUGGCAAGGAUAAUUCGACGCUCACGCAGAUGGACUUUUUAUACAGCGGUCAGUCGCGGAAGCGAUUGGAUGAUGUGGCUAGAGGUUUGGACAUGGCUAUGCAGUGGGAGAAUUGGAAGAAGGCUGGUGUGGAAAUGCCUGGGUCUAAGCCAGCUCAGUAUCACGACCAGGGGAAGAUUGAGUCGAUUGAAGAGGAAGAGCCUUCUUUCGAAGAUUCUUUGAUAGAGCAAGCUAUUGAAGCGGAGGAUCCCGUUUUGGAGGCACUGGCAAGACGAAUUCACGGUGGGAGGAAUGAGAGGAUUCAGGCUGUGGGAGACGCACCUCAACGACUUCUUUCGGGGAGGGAGCCUUCAAAGAGUACUGAGCCAGCUACAAGAGCAAGGGUUCGUAGGCCAUUGAGGAACACGGCCCCGAGCUCGCAACAACCUGUCCAAAGAAGCAUGAAUGCCUGUGGAACAAGCACGCCAGAUAGCGAGCGUAGCUCUACGACAGUGGUCAACCCAGAUCCUACCCUGUCAGAACUCCAGGACGAUAAGUUAAAGGAGAUUGUCCGCAUACCGGCUAUACUCUUCCUCAUCAGAUUCCUAGUCGUGGUAGCAAGUUUCUUCAGCGGGGAAGAAACGGCGCCGUCAAAGGCCCAGCAAUCGGAACCGGAGUGGGCUGGCUCUCGUGCAUCUCGUGUGCAGAUCAAGAUGGAACCAGACGAUGCAGAAGAAGGCGAAGAUCAGGAUGAUUUACAAGGAGAAGCUGAAAGGGAAGAUAUGGAUGAAGAUUAUCUCACUUCCCCCGAGCCAGAAAUAGAUGACAACGUCAGUGAGGAGGAUACGUUGGAGGCACUCACCCGCAUCGCUGCUUCGAGAAAAGUUACUCAACCACUUCUAGCUGCCUCUUCCAGCUCAAGGAUUCCAAUGGGGUCGCGGCGCGUGGUGAGACAGCCAGCGCCUGUAUUGAAGGCUGGGCGUUGA